AGUAAAAGAAAAACAUCUGUUCCACUGUACGUACUGACGAGGUUACAAUAUUCGUCGAUGGUGUAAAGUGUACAUACGCCAUUUGAGGUUCGCUACGUCGAUGUAUAAAUAUGAUAGUGCGUAAUAUUGGAUGUGUGGGACUCUCACAUUCAUGACAAUCUUUUCACCGGUUUAAGUUUUGUUAAUAUCAUAUAUAUAUAUAUAUAUAUAUCUAUUGCGCUUUUUUUAUCCGCCAUCUCGAUACGUAUAAUUCUCGCGGAGUAUUUUUUUUUUGCGCAUGUGUGGCUACAAGUAUAAAUCAUAAGCAACAUUUCCACGGUGCCACUGACACUGACGUAUACGAUAUAUCAACAUGUCUGCUCUUCAAAAGUCAAUUUUGAAAUCUAGAUUACCACCGUCGACUGUCAAUUUUUCGGCAAAUUCCAGAGUUAAUAAAUCGAAAUGCCAGCGAAGAAGAGACUACGAACCGGUGCAGUGGAAUCCGUACUUCGAUCAUUCCAAGGAUGUGCCAAUAGGACAGAAUACAUUUCAUGUUUACAUCAAAGGCACUGAAGGGCCAUUAUUAGUUUUAUUACAUGGUGGUGGCUACAGUGGUUUAACAUGGGCAGAACUUACAAAAUCGAUUAUGACAAUGAUAUUGUGUAGAGUCAUGGCCAUUGAUCUUAGAGGUCAUGGAGAUACUCACACUACAGAUGAUGAGGAUUUGUCCGCAGAUACUUUAGCAUCAGAUGUUGCAGCUAUUAUAGACACAAUUGCACAUGAUACUCCAAUAAUUCUUGUCGGUCACAGUAUGGGUGGAGCAGUAGCUGUGAAAGCAGCUCCAUUAAUUCCAAAUUUAUAUGGAUUAGGAGUUAUAGAUGUUGUAGAGGGUACAGCAAUGGAUGCAUUAGCUUCUAUGCAAAGUUUCUUAAGAUCUCGGCCAUCUAGUUUUAACACUAUAUCUCAAGCUAUAGAAUGGUGUAUUCGUAGUGGACAAAUUCGUAAUAUACAAUCUGCUAAGGUCUCAGUUCCUGGACAGAUAAAAAACAUUGAAACUGGCAAAUUAGCAACUCAUGAUAUUGACUCAUUGCCAACUCAAUACAAUACAUGUGAAUCUAAUCCAGAACCAAUUGUACCACGAGAUGAUAUUAUUCAAGAGGAAGAAACAUUUAGUAUGCCACCACCACCAGCACCUACGUCUUCUGCUAUCUCUGCUAAUAGGAAAUAUGUGUGGAGAAUAGAUUUGGCAAAGACGGAACAGCACUGGUUUGGCUGGUUUAAAGGAUUAUCAACGGCAUUCUUGGAUGUCUCAGUUCCAAAAAUGUUGUUGUUAGCAGGAGUUGAUAGAUUAGAUCGCGAACUUACUGUAGGACAAAUGCAAGGUAAAUUCCAAAUGCAAGUAUUACCCGCAUGUGGACAUGCCGUUCACGAAGACGUUCCGGAUAAAGUAGCAGAAGCUAUCGCUACAUUUAUGGUUAGGCAUAAGUUUGUAGAGCCAACCUCGGAUUUUCCACGGACUUUCCCAGCUUGUUAAGAAAAUAAUUGAAAGAUUUAUAAUGUGAACUUAUUAAAUGAAGGAUUUUUUGUUUUAAUUAGUCGAUAUGACACUUUUAUUUAUUUCAAAAGAAGUUAUAAUCAUCAAAUAUGGAAAUGUACAUCAUACAUGUGUAAAUAAAGCUUGAUGAGAAAAAUAAAA